AUGGACAAGCCCUUCGUCUCUGGCGGCGACAUCGUCCAGCGCAAGGGAAAACGCCGCCACGACGACGACGCCUGCACGGCCAUGCCGGACGACAAGGGCGAAGAAAAAAAGGCCAAGAUCGACAAGGCGGUCCGCCGCUCGAGCCUCUGGAUGCGCCGCCGUUCCGACGCCGCGACGUCGCACCUCGAGGUUCAUAUCCCUGAGCGGGAGGCUCGCUUCUGCAUGGCUCCAAGCUGCUGCGCCUCCUCCUGCGGCGUUAGUAUUCAUGGCAGGAAGUGGCAGGUUCAGAAACGAAGCAAAUAG